UUAAAAUAAAAAUCAUUUCCCGAACCCAGUCGAUCGCAUUUUACCUUUCCUCUUUCCUCGCCCACUCCCAUGGCGAGCUCGAGAUCCCCAAAACCACCUUCAUAGACGACGAAGACGAAGACGAAGACGAAGAGGGGAUGAACCAUGAAGCCCUCCGAUCGGAAGAGCGAGGAGCCACCGAAUCCAUGGCGACAGGACAGGGACGACGGCUCCAUGCCCCUCGGCAUCCUCCUCUACGCCCUCAUCGGCGCCACCGCCACCACCGUCGCCGUUGGUCAGUUGCGCAGGACCGUUAAUUGGUUCUACUCUCAGCUUUAUAGGUCCGAAUCAUAUUAUUCUUGGGGCAGCGGGACUCGCAGCUCAUAUCAUGGGCAGGAGGCUCGGAGAAGAUAUUACCGCCGAGUGCAAGAGAUGAAAGAGGAUGAAAGGGAGAGAGUGGAGCGCAUAAAGCGCAUGCAAAGUGUAUUCAACAGAGAGCGAACUAAAUCUAAGCAGAGCUACGAGACUUGGAGAGAUUACGGGCCUGGCACUUAUCAACAUUUUCCAAGAGAUGACUGGUACUGGAAGUCUGAAACAUUUUACGGGGAUCAAAGAACAAACUCCAGAUCAACCAUUGGCGGAAGCAGUAAUUACUUAAUGUCCCAUCACUAUUCCGUCUUGGGCCUCGAUAGGUCGAGAUCGACACCAUACUCAGAUGCUGAGAUUAAAAAUGCUUUUAGGCAAAAAGCAAUGGAGUACCAUCCAGAUCAAAACCAGAACAAUAAAGAAGCUGCUGAGGCUAAAUUUAAAGAAGUUAUGACAUCUUAUGAAGCAAUAAAGGUCGAGAGGAAAACUGGAACAUGUUGAGCACACUUCUGGUGCACUCAUGUAAAUAUAAAUAUUAUGUUUGGUACGGGAAAUUAAUGUCAAUUAUUGUGAUUCCAAUUUUACUUUUUUUUUCAUUUUUAUUUUGCACAUCUGUGCGAAUUUGUUUAUUUAACAUGGGCCUCAUUAUGCUGGCCUACCUUUAACUCUAUGAAAUAGUCUUUUAGAGAUAUUUUUGGAAGUGCGGAGGUUUUCGUGCUUCCAUAUUAUUUUCGACAAUAAGAUAUUCGAAUCAACGAUCGGUUUCAUUA